UACCCACCCAAAUUUCCCCUUUAAAAACCCUAACUAGGACAUAUAUUUCUUUCAAAAAUUUCACUCCAUCAUUGUGUGAUCCUUAAUUGCUAUGAAAAAAUUAAUUAAUUAACACUAGUAGUGCAAUUGAUUGUGAAGAAACAUGCUGAAACCAAAGCCAUUCAAGGGAGCGAGUGUGUUCAUGUCACGCAACCUGGUGGCGCCGGAGAUAUUCGACGCUCUUCUGGACGCGCUGAAGCUCAACGGAGCUGAGGUCUUUCUCUGCUGCGACCCCUCUCGUACCGGCCCCAGCGAUUUCCAUGUUAUCUCCUCUUCCGAUCACGAGAAAUUUGAAGAUCUUAGAGCCAAGGGAUGUAAUUUGUUAGGUCCUCAAUGUGUGCUUUCUUGUGCCAAAGAAAAUAGAGCGCUUCCAAAACAAGGUUUCACUUGUUGCCUUGCAAUGGAUGGUGUCAAAGUACUUGCCUCCGGUUUUGAUAUGGAUGAAAAGGUUAAGAUAGAAAAGUUGGUCACAGCAAUGGGGGGAGUAUUGCAGACUAAAGCAUCAUUGGAUGUUAACUUUGUCAUUGUAAAGAAUGUUUUAGCUGCAAAGUACAAGUGGGCUUUAAACACUCUAAAGAAACCAAUUGUUACCAUCAAUUGGUUAUCUCAAUGCUGGAAUGAGCACCGUGUUGUUCCUCAGGAGUCGUACAGGGUUCUUCCUUUUUCUGGUUUGAUGAUAUGUGUUACCAGAAUUCCUGCAGAUAAGCGGAAGGAGAUUGAAAAACUUAUCAUACAGAGCGGAGGCAAAUAUUCUCCUGAGCUGACGAAGAAAUGCACACACUUAAUUUGUGAUGCUCCAGAAGGUGACAAAUACAAAGUUGCUCAAAGAUGGGGCCAUAUUCAUAUUGUAAACAGGAAAUGGUUUGAUCAAUCUGUUGCUAGAAGAGCAUGUCUUAAUGAGGAGUCCUACACUGUUCAGGGUGGUUCUAUAUCUUCCAACAAAAGUGUAAGGAGUUGCUUGACGGUGCAGUGUAAAGAAGACAAGGGUAUUGGAAAUUCACUACCUUCACUAUCAUCCAUGGCUUCAGAUUCAAAUGUUCUUUCUGUUCCCAGCACUCGGUUUGAAGAUCAAGAUCUAGAAGCCACUCUCUCACAGCAUACGUCUUCUAUUUUUGUGGAUGCUUCUGUUUCUAAAGAGGUUGAUAGCGAUGCCCCAACAGUGCAGACCAAAACUGAAUCAAAUCCCAAUAACUGUGUUGCUGAUGAUUCUCAGUCUGAAGACAAUGACUUAUACUUGUCAGAAUGUAGAAUAUCACUUGUUGGUUUUGAAGCUUCUGAAAUGCGCAAACUAGUUAAUAUGGUGCGUAGAGGUGGGGGCUCUCGUUAUGUGUCAUGCAAUAGCAGAUUGACGCAUAUAAUAGUUGGAACUCUGUCAGAGGUUGAAAAAAGGGAAGUCAGAAGUCUUGCAGCUUUGGGUGUUAUUCAAGUGGUUAAAACCUCCUGGCUUGAAGAUUGUAUCCAAGAAAGGAAAGAAGUUCCUGUACUUCAGAAGCAUGUUGCCUAUGACUUGUUGCUACCUAAAGAUUCUGUCUGGUUCACCAACGAAGCACAAACAUGCAUGAACAAUUUAAAUCAAGGUAAAAAACCCUGUGUUCUUCAAAGUACACCAGCUGAUCAGAUGCUGCAAAGUGUGAAUCCUGGAAUUGGGAUGCCGUUAUUGGAGGAAACUAGAGCUGAGAGACCAAAAAUCAACUUGAAGAGCGAGAGCUCUUUGGAUGUAAUGGAAGGAUCAUCAAGACAGAGCCAACUUCCCACUGUAAAAAAUAGAACUAAGAGUGGGCAGAAGAUGAAAGAGGAUCCCUCUGUUCAAAAUCUUCAAAAUAGGAAGUCAUCAAUGGUAUUCAGAGGGAAAACAUUCUGCUUUUCAGAUUCCUUUCCUGAAGAUAGGAGAGCUGAAAUUGUUCAAUGGGUGAAUCAAGGGGGAGGGGAGGUGCUGAAUGAUCAGAUAAAACAUGAUGUGCAUUUUACUGUUGAAUGUCAUGGAAGGAUAACUGUAUGUGUAGAUGCUUCUCACACUACAUUUGUAUCUAGUCAUUGGAUCCAUUCUUGUUUAGAGGAUGGAUGCUUGCUGGAUGUUGGAAGUCACAUUCUCUAUUCCCCACUUUCCUGUCAGAUUCCUUUGCCCGGGUUUGAAAAAUUUCGGUUUUGUGUUUCACAGUAUGAGGAUAAAGAUAGAAUGCUAUUAAGAAAUUUGUGCUUUGUUCUUGGAGCUAAGUUCAUUGAGAAAUUAACUAAAAAGGUCACCCAUUUAUUAUGCAAGUUUGCCAGUGGACCUAAGUAUGAAGCUGCUUGUAGAUGGGGGAUACUUACAGUUACAUCUGAGUGGAUUUAUGAAUGUGUUAGGCAGAAUGGAGUUGUUUCUCUGGAUCCAUUUUGUCCAACAGAAGUUACUGCUCAUGACCGAGAGGCAGGACUAUGCACUGUGAGCCAGUUUCCUACACAAGCUUUUCGAAUGGUCUCUACUGACGAACCGUCUCAGCUUACAAUUUCAUCCCAAGACCAGAGAGCCCUGUCAGCAGAAGCUAGUGGUAGUAAAAAUGACAGUACUAUUGGUAAUAGAAAAGCUAGUGGUAGUAAAAAUGACAGUUCUAUUGGUAAUAGAAAUGACAGCCUUCAGGAUGCGUCUAAACAAUCAAAUAAUUACAGUAAAAGGGCAAGAAUUUCAGAAGAUGAGGACCAGAGAGGUCUUCAUUCAGUAGUACAUCUAAGUGACCCUGUCUCUACUAAGAGUUCUAGUCUGGACAACAUAUCAAAAGAUGACAGGGAAGUUUCUCAUGUUCCUGAUGUAGCUGCUGUAAUUGAGGACAUCUUGGAGCAGACUAGUAAGAUUCAAGAUCUAAAUUUACCAGAGACGACUGGACGCAAUAAAAGUCUUUAUUCAUCUGAUUGUUCAGUCCUUGGUCAAAACCAUACAGAUUCACCCUCUGUCAUUGGGUUAUCUAGACAGUGGUUAAACAGGACUGUGAAAAAAGAUGAUGCUUGCAACCCUUCUGGAGAUGUCAAUGUAGGCAUAUAUGAUGGUUUUAGUGAAACACAAACAGAGUCUCAGGUUGUUGGUUAUGAAGAAGAUUUAUCUGGAAUGCAGAUGCUUAUAGACAAAGUUCGAACCCGAAGUAGCAUGACUUAAACUGGUAGGUCAGAUGAAAUUUUUGAGAUUUUUGCUGACCAAUAUGUAUGUCAGAGGUUAGAUGGUCAGUUAGUUGCUCAAAUGUCAGAAGCUCAUGAUCUUGUUCUUGUGUAUCAAUUGAAGCUCUUACUCAUACAGGUAAGUGUAUUUCGUGGGGAAAAGAAGUAUGCAUGCAUUGUGCAAAUACCAACCUGUGUGCUGUAUUAAUAAUUUAUCUAAUCUACACAGCUUGUGAAGCCAUGAGCUGCAAAAAUUCGUUUUCUGUAAAUGUCUAAUAGAUUAGAAGUUAUCUGGUUUUGCGCUGUAAGUAACAAGUUGCGUGAAUUUCAUUAAUUUUUUGUUUAUUGGAUGAUUUAUUCUAUAGCACCAUAAACAUUGUUUCAAAG